AUGGACUUGCCGACUAUUCAGAUCACAGGUGGUUACCUGCUCAGCAGCAUCAACUACUGCAAGAAACAACAGGACACAUUGGUUGACGCUGUAGAACAAGCCACCACCUGCGACUUUUACCCUUUGAACAUUCAUCGCCUAAGCUGCCAACACGGCGUGAUCUCCGUGGAGCAGUCUUUGUUCGGUCGCACCAACUCGUUCAUCUGCAAUGAGGGCGUCGCUUCGCAUAUGGUGGCGAACACAAAGUGCGCUCAGGACGGCACUCUAGAGCGCGUAAAGUCCAGUUGCAACGGCAAGACCUUGUGUGAAUUGAACACAGGUGACUUCCGCACUCCUGAUCCUUGCGUGGGCACCUUGAAAUACUUGCAGACCAACUACACCUGCCUGGAUGCAAUAAUCAUGAUGGCAUGUGAGACUUCCGAGGCCUAUUUACAUUGCGAUCCAGAAAGCAAGAUUGUCGUUCACGGCGCUAACUACGGGCGUCGUGACCGGAACACGUGCGCCUUCCAAAAGCCUCUGCAAUAUGUGAAAAACACAGAAUGCACGCACCCGACUAACAUCGUUGCUGAUAGGUGCAAUGGGAAAAACAGCUGUACAAUCAAAGUCAGUAACAAAGUGUUUGGAGACCCCUGCAAAGGCACCUACAAGUACUUGGAAGUUGCUUACUCAUGUGAGGGUAGCGCUUCCAAGCUUCUCUGGCAAGAUCAAAGCUUCAACGCCUGCCAAUCGUUGCCUUUUAACAAGCAAAACUCUCUGCACUGUUGA